CCACUCUUCCUCUGUCCAAGAGAAGUCCCAGAAUCUCUACUGUGAGACGGUCACAGUCAUCAAUAAUGUGAAAACCAGACGGAAAGGUUUGUCAGAUGUUUAAACCGAUCGUCGCUUCAUUAUACACACGUGCCGUCUUUUUUCAACAUUGUCACACAGUUUACAGUCAGGUUACAGUACGCUAUCCACGAGGAUACCUGGAGUGAGAUGCGGCAAUGUCCCGAGGAAUAUGCCCACGCGUAAACUCUGUCGGAUGCUUUUGGAUUUUGUCGCUGCUCACAUUUGUCGUGAAAGUGAUCGACGUGGGCGCGUACAGCUGUCAUGAAGUGAGGACCGUUUUCCAGCUGCACCAGAUCGGGCCGCUGAACCGUGUACCGGAGACACCUGUCACAGAUGCAGAUCUAUUGCUUUGUAAGCACCAAGGUCCAUCCUGCUGCACACGGAAGAUGGAGGAGAGCUACCAGUUUGCUGUAAAACGACAAACCCUGCAUAACAUUCAGUCCCAAAGCUAUAAGCUUAAGCACUUCAUCUCUACCCAUGAAGUUGCCUUCCAGGACAUGUUCCAGUACCUUUUAUCCUUCUCUCAAGGCCACCUGAGUUCGCUGUUGGAGGCAAGCUACCCAUCUCUGUCUCACCAAGUUCUGCCCCAUGUGAAUCAGCUUUUUUCCUCCCUUUCUCACUACCUCCGUGGAGGUAAUGUCUCUGUGGAGGGAGAAGUUCACCAUUUUUUUAACAACAUCUUCCCACUUGUGUAUGCACGACUUAUAAAUCCAGGCAUUGAAGGGAGAAUAAUGAUGGGCAGUGAAAUGGGUGACUGUCUCCGUAUGAUCAGGCAGGAUGUCAAACCUUUUGGGACUCAAACAGAUGUCAUGGCCCAGGAGCUGGCUGAGGCUUUGGGGGCUGGGCGACAACUCGGUCUGGCCCUGGAAGAAGGUCUGGAGGUCGUGAACGUAACUGAACAUGCCAGACUGAGCAAGGAGUGUAUAAAGGCCCUAGUGAAAAUGUUGUACUGCUCCCAUUGCAGUGGUCUGACAUUGAUCAAGCCUUGCUCGGGCUACUGUCUGAAUGUAAUGCGAGGCUGCUUGGCUUGCGUGUCAGAGUUGGAUCAGCCUUGGAGGAGGUAUACUAGCUUGUUGGAGCAACUUACCCAUGCCAUGGCCGGACACCACAGUUUGGAACUAGCCAUGCUGAGAGUCAGAGAGCACGUUAGUGAGGCCUUGCUUUAUGCACAGCUCCAUGGUCCACUCAUUACUGCCACGGUGGACAAGGUGUGUGGCCUAUCAACAGGGGAACCCACACACAUGCAUCCUACCAGCCCAGAGAUCAAAACCUCUACCAUGACCUUAUCUUCUCCUUUUCCAUCUACGGCCCCCUCCCAACCCUCACCCAAGGAGUGGCUGGGGCAGUUAGCUCACUUAAGAAAUUCAUUCCCCCUGAAACCCUCCAAGAACAAUAAACAUAGUCUGAGAACCCUCUCUAGGGACUUUUUGAUGAACCUACAGGGCUUUAAGUCCUUCUUUGCGGGGCUGCCAGAGGACCUAUGUCAUGAGGAGAAUGCAGUGGAUGAGUCCACUUGUUGGAGCAGUGAUGGUGUGGUGGAAAGUUAUACAGCCAGAGUUGUAGGAAAUGGUCUGCAUGUCCAGAGGCAUAACCCAGAGGUCAAAGUUCGCAGUGUGGAGUGUACAAUCGCUGAGGCCAAGGAGAGGUUGGAGGACUUCAACAUGGACACCGAGGAAAUGUUUCCAAAACUGGGAGAAAUUGAGGCCUGGGAAGAGCUGGGAAGUGGGGAAAGGGAGGAGGGCAGCACCACAGACUGUGAUGAUGAAGAUGGUUGUCAAGCCUCAGGAGGUGGUGAAGAAAAAUAUACACAUGACUCCAGUGCUGGAAGACCAUUAGGGAAACAUCCUGAAGGCCACAGUCCACAAGAAAACCCUUCUAAGCCCCCCUCAGUGAAGGUGAUAGGGGGUUCUCCGAAUGCCAGCUGGACACAGUGCUGCAGCCUCGCACUGCUUUUUGCUGGACUUUGCUUGCAGUGGAUCCUGUACUGAUGUCAGCACGGGCUGCGACUCAAUCCUCACCCCUGACCCUUUAGGAACCUACAUGCACAGAAAAACUCAGAUACAUAUCACAGAUAUAAUCCUUACUGCUAUCCUCAAUCUACAUACAUGCAAAUGGAGAACAGGGCAGGUGCAGACUGGCGUUCCUGCAGUAUCACAACUGUGGGUGGUUGGAUGAGCUGAUAUUAUGCACGCUUAUCUGCAAGGCUACGAGGCUAGACGUGUGUAUGCGAACACACACAUCCUUACAAAAAACACAUCUUUGUGAUUCAAAAUGAAAGUGCAUCAUUCUGAUUUUCCUUACUCACUCACCAAAAAUGCUUUGUUCUUUUUCUGCUGCUGGUGUUUACUUACCCUUUGAUGCUAAAAACCUCGUCACAGCACUGCAUCCCAUUUGAAAACUCAACUCUUUUCUAUUUGGGGAUUAAGGAAUGCAUUGACUGCUAGGUCAAUCCCAAGUAUAUGGCCUCAUACAGCAGAUUUGAUAUUCUCUAAUGACUGUGUGCCUUGGAAGGGAUAAGAAUGUAACAAGUACACAGGUACAGCACAGGCAUACUUGCAUGGCUGAAUUGUGCAGAUAAACUAGGUGUGUAUAGUAUGUAAGUGUACAUAGGUGGAUGGAUUUGAUGGAGUUUAUGAGGUUCAAAAAAAGCUCUUAACUAACUGAGCUGAAUAGAUUUUUCUUUUUUUUUCUUUUUUUUAGUUAGCUAUGAAUGGGCUGUGCUUGUCACUGAGUACAUAAUAAGAAAUGAUGCAUAAAUCUAAAGAAAUGUAUUAUCAAGAAUAAUACAGAAAUGUGCAUAAUUUUCAUCCUUAAAGCCAUGACAAAAAUGGACAAUUUUGGACAUUUGAACAAAGUCUGUACAUUGUUGAUUUUGAUCAUGUCUAUUGUGCAUCCAGGUUUCUGUGUUUGCUCAUUGAACUGCACAUUAAUGCAUGUAUAACCUACAAAGCUAUCAAAGUCUUUCCCAGAGUUUUUCACUGAUGACCUGCCAAUAGAGUUUGCCAUUCUAUAACCGCAGUUCCAAAAAUCUGGGAUGGUAUGUAAAACGUAAAUAAAAACAGAAUGCAGUGAUUUGUAAAUCUCAUAAACCCAUAUUUUAUUCACAAUAGAACACAGGAAACAUAUAAAAUGUUUAACUUGAAAUGAACCAUUUUAAUUCAAAAUAAUGUUUUGAUGGCAGCAACACAACUCAAAAAAGUUGGGACAGGGCCAUAUUUACUACUGUGUACUGUAGCAUCCUUUCUCUUUUAACAACAGUCUGUAAACAUCUGGGAACUGAGGAGAGCAGCUGCUGGACUUUUGGGAGAGAAAUGUUCCAUUCUUGGCUGAUAUUGGAUUCUAGCUGCUCAACAGUCCUGGGUCUUUUUAUUUUUUCAUUUUGUAAUGCACCCACUUUUUUCAACUGGUGAAAGGUCUGGACUGGAGGCAGGCCAGUUCAGCACCCGAACUCUUCUACUAUGAAGCCAUGCUGGUGUAAUAGAUGCAGUAUGCAGUUUAGUAUUGUCUUGGUAAAAUAUGCAAGGCCUUCCCUGAAAAAGACAUUGUCUGGAUGUGAGUACUAAUGCGUCCCCGUCUCAUCAGAGAUGCAGGCUUUUGAAUUGAGCACUCAUAACAAACCAGAUGGUCCUUUUUCCUCUUUAGUCCGGAGAACGUGGUGUCCAUGUUUUCCAAAAUGAAUUUCAAAUUUCGAUUUGUCUCACCACAGAGCAGUUUUCCACCUUGCCUCAGUCCAUUUUAAAUGAGUUUUUGGCCCAGCCUUUUGUUAACUCUGUCCCAACUUUUUUUUUGACACGUGUUACUGCCAUCAAAUUCAAACUGACCUAAUAUUUUUCAUGAAAUACUAAAAUGUCUCAAUUUAAACAUUUGAUAUGUUUUCUGUGUUCUAUUAUAUAAAACCCAUAUUUUAUAUCGAAUAAAAUAUGGGUUUAUGAGAUUUACAAAUCAUUGCACUGUUUUUAUUUAUAUUUUAUGCAGCGUCCCAACUUUUUAGAAUUGGGGUUGCAAAUGAAAAUAAGAGCAAGGAUGGCAGAUUUCAAUCCGCUUUACCACACAAAAAAAUCCAGAGUAUUUUUUACAAAGAUGUGGGCAACUAUAGAUCAAGUACAGUGGUAACUGUUAUAUGAGUCCGUGUUCUUUCAUUUUUAUCAUUUAUUUAAAAAAAAAAAAAAAAGUAGAAAACCUGAUGAAAUUUUAUCUGUUUCAAAUGAUCAUGCAUGGAAAUAGAGCAAAAGAUAAAUUCAUCAAAAAAACCUGAGUAGUGUCAGCAGUGGGUCACUCUGUAAAACAUUUUUUUUCCUUGUGUAGAAAACGUUGUAUCCAAUGGCACUAGCACAGUAGAUUACCUGUAAAUGAGGAUGAUGAAUGGUCCCUGUUAAGAAGAUGCAGUAUAAAUGCUGACUAUACCAUAUGUAAAAGCUACACAGAUACACUAUCCAAGCUUAGUAGGUCUAUAUUGUGCUGGGAUAUCAUACAUACAAUAAAAGCAUUCUAGUUAAUGGAGAGUGAAGAUGAUCACAGCUAUGUGAGUUUUAAUGGUUCAAAUGUUUCACAUUUUGGGUCAGGUAAUCAUAUUUGGUUGUUUUCCUCACUGUAUGUUCUGUUCCAGGUCAAUGUUCAUCGCGCUCACUGGUCCCUUACAGUCAUAUACCCUUGCAUGUGUAUAAAUGUACAUAUUUUGCAUCA